UUCAGCCUAGUAACAAGUGCCAAUGCAAAAAAGAAAGUAAAACAAAAGCCAAACUGGAGAUCUAUGAAAUUUCUUAGGUCAAUGCUGAAGUCGGGACCGACCUUCACUCGGUGAAAACAGGGCUGUGAUUGCAACACCCCUCCUUCUCGCACAGCCCCUCCUGGUGCCCCCCUUUCUGUCUGCAGCCGUGACAAAGCAAGCCGUUGUCUCCAAACACGUCGUCUCAGAGUCUUUGAUAGUUUGAUUGAUAAGAGCCUGACAGACUGCUCGGGCUGUCUCUCCGCCGUGUAUAUAAGGAGGCCCCUCGGCGGCCCCCUCAGCAGCCACGCUCGUGUCCGUCCUCACAUCAUGACCUCUUCGCUCGUCCUCGUCCUCGUCCUCGCUCUCUUGGCGGCCCCCCUGGGGGCCUUCGACCUGGGCCAGUCCACCCGAUGCGUGGCCAUCCCCAACCAGAUGAAGGUGUGCAAAGACGUGGGUUACUCCGAGAUGCGCCUCCCCAACUUUUUGGGCCACAGCAACCUGGAAGGGGAGGUGGUGCCGCGCUCGGAGGACUGGAGGCCUCUGCUGCAGACGGGCUGCCAUCCUCAGGCCCAAGCCUUCCUCUGCUCGCUCAUCGCUCCCGUCUGCCUCGACACGUUCAUCCAGCCCUGCCGUAGCCUGUGCGUGGCCGUCAGGGACAGUUGUGCCCCCGUGCUCGCCUGCCAGGGUCACCCUUGGCCCGAAGCGCUUGACUGCGAGCGCUUCCCCGCCGAGGAGGACAUGUGCCUGUCGCCUCACGCCAAGUUCACUCACUUUGCUAAAGUUUUGCCCAAAGCGGCGUGUCAGAACUGCCCCACAGUGGAUGAAGCCCCCGCAUUGAAAACCGUCCUGGAUGCUUUUUGCCAGCACGAUUUUGCCGUGACCGCCAAGCUGCACCGCCGCCGUCUCCUCACCGGUGACCCCCAGUUUGAAGUGGAGGGCCGGGUGGAAUUUAUCCGCCAGGGCCCCCUGCUGCCUUAUGACACCCACCACCUCCUCCACCAAUGGCUGCUCAUCAACUUACGCUGCGCCAACGCUCUGGUGCGGCCCGGCCGAUCGCAGCUGUACGUGCUGACGGGUACCGUGUGGGCCGACGGCACCCUCGCCAUCACACGCCUCUUCCCCUGGCACAAAAAGGAUGCAAACAUCGCCAUGGCAACACGCAAGUGGAAGCAUCACAGGUGCUGA